CUCAUCACACAGGCUCUGCUAAUCGAUCGCCGAUCUCGACCCGCCUCAGAACAGCUACAAGAUGGCGCAGGCAAUAUUUGAAGUGUUUGAAGGUAUGGACAACCAGACUGUGUUGGCCGUUCAGUCACUGCUGGACGGCCAAGGCGGAGUUGCGGAUCCAAACAACCAGAAUGUGUCUGGGACACCUGCCAUCCAGUCUAUGGAUGAUGAGGACGUGUUCCUGUGUGGGAAGUGUAAGAAGCAGUUUAAUUCUCUGCCAACGUUUAUGACACAUAAGAGGGAGCAGUGCCAGUCUAGCGCCCCCUCUCUGUCUACAGUGUCCUUAGCCUCCACCAAUGUCUAUACCCCAGUCCCUUCAAUUAACUCUGGACCACAGCCUCCUGCCAACAGACAGGUGUCCACUUACAUCACAGUCCCUCCGUCCCCACUCACACAUACUCUGGUGCAAGGCAAUGUGCUGGUCAGUGAUGACGUCCUCAUGUCAGCGAUCUCAGCCUUCACUUCCAUUGACCAACCCAUGGCUGCCAUGCAGACGCCUGUGCAGAGUAAUCUGAGCAUGCACACAGCCGGUGUAUCAUAUCUUCAGCAUCAUCAUCAUCACCACCACCAUCAGCAGCAGCAGCAGUCGUCGUCCCAUCCGCUCCCCUCUGGACCGCCCGCCCAGCAGCCGCUGUCUUCACAGGUCCCAGCAAGCCACAGCAACUCAUUGGUCCAGGUCUACAGCACGCUGCCCCAUCUGGCCACAGGUGGUAGUGCAGAGAUCCACACGCUGGGUCUGCAGCCUUUUCAUCAGGUGCAGGUGCCAAGUCAGUGCGUGGAGAGUCAGUCUUUCACCACCCCUCCAGACUACAGCCCCGGGAAGCAGGGCACCAAAACAAAGACAUGCAGCAUAACUGCCAGCCUGACGGAGCUGGGCGAUUUCGAAAAGGUGAUCAUUCCAAAGCGGCCACGGAGCACCAAAAAGGUUCCCGACGGAGCCACAGCAGAGCAGCUGAAAGGAAAAGCUCCAAAGCUGAAGUGUAACUUCUGCGACAAAAUCUUCUCGAAAAACUUUGAUCUUCAGCAGCACAUCAGAAGCCACACAGGAGAGAAACCGUUCCAGUGCAUCGUCUGCGGCAGAGCCUUCGCCCAAAAGUCAAACGUGAAGAAACACAUGCAGACGCACAAGGUGUGGCCUAUGGGCGUGGCCAGCUCAGUGUCCAGAUUACCAAUCACAGUGAAAGUGGUGCCGGUGCCACCCAGUGAGGAAGAGGGAAGCGGGGAGCGACGGCAUGAAGGAGAUCAAGAGGAGGACGAGGAGGAGGAAGAGCCACAGCAGCAGAGCUGCCAAAUCGAGAACGAGGCCAUGCCGACAGAAGCUUCAAGAGAGUUGGAGCACAGUCCUGAGGCCGAGAACCAGGCUGAUCAGGAUGGCAGCCAACAAGAAACUAUGCAGAACGGACAUCCUGAGAUCCAGAUGCCGGUUCCGUCCAACCAGAACCAACAAAGCCAAGCAACAUCCAAACAAAUGGUUGUGAUUGACAGCUCCUACCAGUGCCAGUUCUGCAGCUGCAAGUUCAAGACCUACUUCCAGCUGAAAUCCCACCUGACCCAGCACAAAGCAGAGCAGGUCUAUAAGUGCGUCUUGAAGUCCUGCUCCCAGACCUUCCAGAAGCUGGAUCAGUUCCUGGAGCACAUCAGGACGCACCAGGAGCAGCUGACCUACCGCUGCCACCUCUGCAGCAAGGUGUUCCCCUCGCUGUUCGAACUGGGAGUCCACCAGUACUCCCACUGUUUCUGCCCACAGCAGAACACACGCAAAGAAGCCGCCACCUACAGAUGUGUAAAAUGUCAGAACAGAUAUUCCACCCAGGAGGCGCUGGAACAACAUCUGCUGACCGCCUCGCACAACUUUCCCUGCCCACACUGUCAGAAGGUUUUCCCGUGUGAGAGAUAUUUCAGACGCCACCUUCCCACUCACGGAGUUGGAGGGAGGUUCAAGUGUCAGAUCUGCAAGAAAGCCUUCAAGACGGAGCACUACCUCAAACUCCACACACGGAUUCACUCAGGGGAAAAACCCUACAAAUGUUCCCUCUGUGAGGCGACGUUCAACAGGAAGGACAAAGUGAAGCGCCACAUGCUCAUCCAUGAACCCUUCAAGAAAUACAAGUGUCCCUUCAGGUCACACGUUGGCUGCAACAAAGAAUUCAACAGAAUGGACAAACUGAAGGCCCACAUUGUGUCACAUUCUGGUAUCAAACCCUACAAGUGUCUGUUCUGUCAGAAGGCGUUCAGCCGCAGAGCUCACAUGUUGGAGCAUCAGCAGUCUCACACGGACAGCUACCGCUUCAGGUGCUCCGCCUGCAGCAAGGGCUUCACCAGACACACUUACUACAGGGACCACAAAUGCCCCGCAGGCGGGGGCGCGGCUGGAGCCGGCUCAGACGCCGGGGGUGCCGCAGAGGAAGAGGAUGACGGUGAAGCGCUGUCCACAGUGGACAGAAGCGGAAACGAUGUGAGUCGGAGGAGGUCAGUGAGGACAGUGAGGAGGUCAAAGGCUGCAGGAGGUGAUGGAGAAGACUGUUUCAAGGACAACCAGCAGGACGAAGAUGACGAGGAAGACUGGAGAACUGACGAGGGUCAUCAAGCUACGAUGUCUAUCGCCGCCACCAGAAGGCAGACCAGCCAAGGGGGGGAAGAGGAGGAGGAGGAGGAAGGUGGUGAUGAGGCACUGGAGCAGAUUCAGGGCAACAAACAAAACUGUUUGCAGCAGCCGUGUUUGUAGAUGAUGCACUUGCAUGCUGGUCAUCCUUUACAAAAAAGUUUUCAAGCACAGACACGUGUGUUUUAAAUUAAAACAUUCUUGAAAUGACAAAAAAAAAAAAAAAAAAAACAGAUUUUCAAGUUACAGUGGAGUAAUUCUUCAACAUGAUGUGAAAGGAAACAUUUUCAGAUUUCUUUCUGCAAAGAUUAAA